AGAGGAGGGUGCUUACCAGCAGGAGAAGUUCGCUGUGAGUCAGCCGUGAUAUUGAUGGCAUCACCAAGCGACGUACUGUCUCUGUGACGAUAUGCUGACCGACCAUCGCUCCACUCCCUCCUUUUCACCCCAUGCCUGCCCUCAUGCCGCCCUCUGCUACCCCUUAUAUGCGCUGUACUUUCACCCCACCUAACAGGGCGCUGGUGGUGGCAGCUGGCUUGCUCGCCACAAGCUCCUUGCCGGUCUUGUAGGUGGUGCCAUUGUGCUCGCCAUUGCUCUCGGUGUUGGUCUCGGUGUCGGACUGUCGAUGUCCAAUGACAACAGCUCUAGUGAUACCUCAGGUUCGGAUAGGGCAGGCAGCGGUGGCAGCUCUAGCAGUGGUUCCAGCAGUGGCUCUACCGGUACAGCCACCAGCUCGGGCGCAGCUGCAGCAGCUACUAGCACGGCCCCCACAACGCUCGCAAAGUGGAACCUGACUGACUCUAACAACAAGAUGUACGGUGUCUCGCUGGGCAACUGGCUUGUCAUCGAGAGAUGGAUGGACGAGGACUGGAUGGUUCAAACCGGUGGCUCCGACGCUUGGGAUGAGUGGACUCUGACCGAGAACCUUGGCAGCGACGCUGCCAGCGUUCUGACAGAGCACUGGAACUCCUGGAUUACCGAGGAGGAGCUCGACACCUUCAAGUCCGCCGGCAUGAACCACGUCCGCAUCCCCGUUGGAUACUGGGCCUUCAUCCCUGCUGCGUCUGGAGAGCCCUAUCUCGCCAUGUCUGGUCAGACAGAUCAGCUGACAAAGAUGCUGGGCUGGCUCAAUGCUCGUGGCAUGUACGCUUCCAUUGACCUGCACGGUAUGCCAGGAUCCCAAAAUGGUGAUCAAGCCUCCGGCCACAAUACUUCCAAGGUCGAGUGGUUCACGGACACCAAUCAACAACUGUCAUACCAGACUCUCAAUGCCACCAUUGCCUACAUCAAAGCCAGCGAGUAUGCCUCCACUGUCAGUUCCAUCGGUGUUGUCAAUGAGCCCCGACCAAGUCACUACAGCUUCUCUUCUUCGGAGGCAUCGGCCAACUGGGACACUUUGGAGAACUACUACGAGACGGCUUACCAGAUCUGUCUCGAGGCUGAGAUUCCCAUGCUCUUCCACCACGGAUUCUGGAGUGGUUCUGGUACUCCUGCCAACCACUGGCGAAGCUUCGCAACAGGCAAGAACCCGAACUACCUUGGUUACGAAGACCACCCAUACCCGGGUUGGUUCACUCCCCAGAACAAUUCGGAAUCGUACAUGAAGGACAAUGCGUGCGACAUUAUCCAGGGCGCUGUUGGCUACCCUGUCCCUAUGCUCAUCACCGAGUGGUCUUCGAUCAACGGUGUGUACAGUGAUAGCUGGACUCAGCAGUGGACCAACAUCCAGCUGGCCGGAUACGCAUGGUCUGGCGGUUCGAUCUUCUGGUCGGGCAAGGUGAUGAACUCGACUACGCAGAUUCUCUCUCUGCCAAAUGAGCUGCAAAUGCUCUACAGCGGUAUCACUCUCAUCCAGGCUGGUAUCCUGCCCAUUCCCUCUUCCAGCACUGAAAGCAACGUCGACUUCCUGUCCUCGCUCUCAGGAGCCAAUGGGUGCGGCACUUUCCAGACUGACACAUGGACCAACCCCAGCACUUCUGGUUCAAGCUACAAUGAGAGGAGAAGUCUGGACGACCGCAGUCUCGGCAUCGACUCUGCCAGCUUGCUCAAGAAGAGGCUGCAAGACUCUGAGAACUAGACGACGGAUCCUGACCACAGACGGCCAGUAGAAGAAGGAAAUCACAUUUCUCCCCCUUCACGUUUCUUCCCCUUCUUUUCCCUCCCCCUCUCCCCCCACAUGGACUCUAUCUGCUUUCCCUUUCUCACCCGCUCGUCAUCAUCAUCUUGUCCAGCUCCAUCUCUUCUCGUAUCUUACGCCCUGCCUCUUUUCUACUCAACAAGGUCCGUCUCUGCACUCUACGCUUCCCGUCCACGUCUUGCUUGCUUGCUCGCUCGCUCGCUCGCUCGCCCCCGAUUUUCCUCCCUUGUAUUUUCUGAGCGUGCGAGGCAUUCUACUUUCUUGCCGCCGAUGCGG